CGCUUCUACAUCGAUUUCAACUGCAGAAAUGUGAAAACGAGCGGUGUCUAUUGCAGCAGUCGAAAUUAUGAAUACGCCGAGUGUCCCGUCGGUGGAGUCAUAACUUCUGUCAAGGUGGCCAAGAAGCACUCCCGCUCCAGCUGUGACCUCAACAGAAGCUUUGGUUUCCUUGCCAACAAUAUCUGGGUUGACAAUGGGUGCAGGGCCACUUUCACUGUCCAAUACUGCGCUGACCGAAAGUGUUCUUUUCUGUUGAAAUUAAAGAGAAGGCUCGUCCAAGGGAUCGGCUUACAAAUGAAUAUAAGUAGCGCGGUACAGGUAGAACUGAGCAUUCAAGAUCUCGACCAAGCUCUUGAGGUGAAAGACGUUUUUGCUGUAAGAGCAAAUACAGAAGAAGUUAAGAUGGAAGGCCAAAUGAUCGUUGUAUUAAGUCUUUGCCUGAUUGGGAUAUGGGGUACAAGCGAAGCCGCUACAGGGAUCUUUGACUGUGACAGCAAUGGUUACCGACACAAUCCCUGUUGUACUGGGGUCGACGUUAUUUCGGCCACUGUGAUGACCAAGAGGUCAAGAUCCUCCUGUGACGUAGGCCACUCAUUCGCUGUGAAUGGCUGUGAUCUGUGGGUCAAUCAUGGCUGCAGAGCCCGCUUCUACGUCGAUUUCAACUGCGGAAAUGUGAAAAAGAGCAAUGCCGAUUGCAGCAGUCACAAUUAUAAGUACUUCGAAUGUCCUGUUGAUGGAGUAAUAACUUCUAUCAAUGUGGCCAAGAAGCACUCCCGUUCAAGCUGUGACUACAACAAAAGCUUCGGUUUCCUUGGCAACAAGAUCUGGGUCAACAAGGGGUGCAGGGCCACUUUCACUGUCCAAUACUGCGCUGACCGGAAGUGUUCGUGUUAAACCACUCUGUCUUCAACACUCAAGUCUGUCGAUACUUCAUGAACUUAUUGCGAACAUUUUGAUAAAGAAAUUUGUGUGCAGAAUUAGUAUAUAACGUUUUUUUUUCUAUUUGAAAUACCCUAUUCAGUUCUGUUGAAAAAAUGUGUGGAAUAACUGAUAUUUCCCUAAUGUGUUAAAUGCAAAUACUCCAAUUCUCCAACUCCAAUCUUUGUAUCUUUGAAAUGAUUUGAAUAAAUACUGCCUUUUUCA